UGUCCAAUCAGUGAACGGAGAGGGAGGAAAUACGCCACGUGCGGCUGAUGCCAAAGUUCAGGCCCGCCCUGCUAACUUCCUUUCCUGUUGCCGUCGGCUGUAGAAUCAGAUCAAGAUGGGCAAGUUCAUGAAGCCUGGUAAAGUGGUGAUGGUCCUGGCUGGACGCUACGCCGGACGUAAAGCAGUCAUCGUCAAGAAUAUUGAUGAUGGCACUGCAGACCGUCCAUACAGCCACGCUUUGGUUGCAGGCAUUGACCGCUACCCCCGUAAGGUCACCUCAAACAUGGGCAAGAAGAAGGUUGCCAAGAGGUCCAGGAUCAAGUCUUUCGUCAAGGUGUUCAACUACAACCACCUGAUGCCCACCAGGUACUCUGUUGACAUUCCUCUGGACAAAACCGUUGUCAACAAGGAUGUGUUCAGGGAUCCUGCUCUGAAGCGCAAAGCAAGGAGGGAGGCCAAAGUGAAAUUUGAGGAGAGAUACAAGACCGGCAAGAACAAAUGGUUCUUCCAGAAGCUCCGAUUCUAG